AUGAAGUCUCGCCUCUCGGGCUUGGGCUUGGGCUUGACAGCCCUUGCCUCCUUUCUGAGCACGGCUUCGGCUGCGGCCUGUAGCAACUCAGCCACCGCCUUCGACCAAGAAACUUUGAAAUCUGGCUGCUGUACCUCAUGGAUCACUAAGCGCGAUGUUGGCGCGAUGCCAGUGCCAUCCCUCAUGGAACGAGACGACUGCCCCACUGCUACGUGUUGCGAAAAGAAGAAGACCUUGUACAGCCUUACCCCCAAGGGAUCUGAUAUCCAAUGCGGCAGCAAAUUCGCCACCAGCGACCAAGACGGAGACACUACCGGCGGGAUCCAAUACACUUUCGGACCCUGCUCAGGCGCGUCCACAAAGACUUGCUUGAUCAUCACUGUCACGCCCGUGAAGAGUGAUGGUGACUGCUACACACUGGCCAGCGGAAUCUCCGUCUUCAUCGACGAUCAAAGCGUGGCACCAACCACCAACGCCGGUGGUUGGAACUUUGGCAACGCCGCACAGGGCACCACGCCGUAUUGCACUAAAAAGACGGGCUCAUCUGCUUGCCAGUACUGGAGCUGCGAGUUCGAGCAGUCCCUCUGGGAGAGCAAAGUCAAGAACCAGGGCGACGACGGGCUCUGCGGCAACACCAUCUCGGUUGGUGUCCACUUCGGCAUUGGCUCGGCCACCUGCACCCAAGGAAACACAGGGCUGAAAUACGGCAGCAACUUCUUCCAGUAUGAGAAGGUCAAGUUCACCUGCUCCGAGGUAUGCGAUACCUCGUCCCUCUGCUGCUGCCCCUGCAACUCGGAUACCCAUUGCUGUCCGGGUGAUACCUACUGCGGUGGGGACGGGAAACCAGCAAAUCCCCUAUGCGAGCCGGAGUGCUGUCCAGGCCAGACGAGAUGCGAUACCCCCUUGUGUAAAAACGACCCGACUCCGAACUGUUGCCCCAAGACGGAGAACUACUGCGGUACCGAUGACCACGUGGAAAAUCACGAAUGCCCAGCGGAAUGUUGUCCGGGCCAAACGAGGUGUGACAACCCCUUGUGUAAGAACGACCCAACUCCAAACUGUUGCCCUAGCACGGAGAACUACUGCGGCACCGAUGACCACGUGGAAAAUCACGAAUGCCCGGCAGAGUGCUGCUCAGGCCAGACGAGAUGCGAUAACCCCGAAUGCAAAAACGACCCAACCCCGAACUGUUGUCCAGACACGGAGAACUACUGCGGCAACGAUGGCCACACCCUCAACACACAGUGUCCGCCAACAUGCUGCGGAGGACAGUGCUGCGACGACAAGCUCUGCUGCGACCCCCCAAGCGAUUACAGCUUCUGUCCCCAGCCGCAAUGCCAGUACGGCACAGGAUGGGGCUGGAUGCUGCCGGAUGUCGAUGAUGUGAGCCACUUUGUCAACAAGCUCAAGUUGUGCAGCGCAAAUCGCUGGGGCGAGUGGUUCGACAUCGCCAGUCUCCCAUACACAGGCGACCUGGUUGUCGGGCGAGGAGCCAACCAAGUCGCCAAUGGAGACGUUGUUGGCACCGUCUCGCUCAGCACUGACACCGCUACGACGGUCAAGGCCUGCUUCGACCUCACCAAGGCGAGCGCGCACAUCACCAGCGUGCACGCCGAAGUGUCCUGCGACCCCUUCGACAGCACCAAGUACAUCAACAGCAAGAAGAAGUCGUUCAACAUUUGCGCGCCUGGCCAGUGGACUUACAAGUUCCCGCCGUCUGGCUGCCUUGACUGGGUACACUCGCAGCACGAUAUCUGCAUCAUGGGUAUCCCGAAGUGCUCUGGUCAUUACUACGCCAUCUUUCAUGCUUCUGUGACGAAGAACUCGGAUGGGUCCUGCAGCACGCUCUCAUCUUGCUGGACAGAUACUUGA